UUUGCUCGCUACUUUUCUCUUCUGUGAGGUCGCGGAGAAGUCUUCCGCGAAACGAUUGAUCGUUUCCUAAUCCGUAGUCUUUAUACCCGUGACUUCCUCUUCGCUUCAACAUCUUAUCGCAGUUGGACGAUUGGUGCCGGUGAAUCGUGUGACGGUGGUGUGGCUACUCCUGUGCUUCAUGGUGGUUCAUGAAACUGAUUCCGGAAAGCAUUUCUGAAGACCUAUUUUCUUCUUUUGAGAUUUCUUCGUCAUCCUGAGUAGCACAGAAUCUAUGGCAUCGUAUAGAAGCUACGGUGAUACAGGAGCAUAUCGGAGCAAAACCGGCGUCGGCAUUGCUAACACGUUCGGUAGGAAUACUUCCGGUAGAAACAUGCCAAGCUGCAGAAGCGGCUAUUCCGGAGUAGCAUCAAAUUCCGCUCGAGUUGCUAACAAGGAACGAGCGUUCGACGGUUUUGAAAGCGCUUUUCUUAAAAAAGAUAAAUUUGAGGAGAAAAAUACAUUCAAAUAUUCAUAUACCAAAGACGCUGACAAAAAUCGAUUACAUUCCGGAAGAUCUUCGUCUGAAGACAUGAGCGUGAAAAGCCCGCUAUCUAAUAGUAGGUCGUCUCUCUUUGAAAAGUACUCGUUUUCAGCUGGCAAAACAUCGGAGAGGCCAUCUUCCGUGUUAGACAGAUAUAACCGACCGGCUUCGCGAGGGAAGAGCAGAGAGCCCGAAGGAAUAUCACGGUACGGAUCCGGUACAUAUUCUGGAUCGAGUUUCAUACGAAAUUAUGGCAACGACGGCCGAAUCGAAAAGGACCAUCCAUCAGUCUCUUAUAGAGGAUUACGUUCUAAUUCUGCAAAAACAUCACGCGAGCCCAGUCCGGAAGUUGGUGUCGGAAAAGCAAAUUCCUUCAGGAUCUAUUCAAGAGCAUCGUCUUAUAAUCGCUCAGCUGCAUCGCCCAGUACGUCUGAAUCAAGCUCGACCACAAUCUCAACAAGAUUUGGCUCGACAGCUGGUUCACGAUUUCUCUCAUCGCGAAGCAACGAACGAAUACCCACGGCCAUAAAUUAUUCCGCGACAGACAGACUCCGAAACGCGAGUACUAAGUCUAUUAAUCAGAAAGACGAAGAAGAAUCAAGGCUUGCUAUCAUGCCUGACAAAGAUGAAAAUCAUAAAGCAUAUAAAACUUCAAAUCGAAUGGAAGAGGAUGAAACCGACAGUAGGCUUUCUGACAGCGAAUUUGUGACGCUGACGAUGGUGACUAGAAGUACUUCACCAACACCUCCAGCUUCUUCGUCCUAUGUCAGAAACAGGCGGGCUGAAAUCGGUAUUGUUUAUCAGAAAGAAGUGAUCAGAUCUCGAAAAUUACCGGAUACCAUGAACGAAGAGACGCAGUGCGAUCGAAUGGAAGAAACAUCGAGAUUCUCGAGGUACGGCAACAAUAGAAUAUCCGGUGCACCCUGGUCAGCGUAUUUGGAUAAAUACUCGUCAUCAGGCACAACAUCGGUUGGAGGUCCAUCUAUGUAUUCGUCCAGAGGAUUCACUAAUGCAAGCUCUUCCAGUGGUAGAUUCAAUAGCUUCGGUUAUACGAGAACGAAUGAAUCUCCGGCGACCACGAGAAAUGAAUCAGCUACCAAGGAAUCGUUGAGUUCUAGUCAGGAAACUCCUAGUUCUAGCAAUAAAAAUCAAAACGAGAAAGUUUCCAGUGGUUUAAAAGACACUACUAGCAAUGAAAAUUCAACGUCUAGUGACUCAAAUGCAUCAUCAAACGCGCAAAAUAUUCAUGGCACGAACAAAGAAAUAAAUGGUAGGAUACGAGAUAGCGAACAGUGUUCCUGCGGAGGACGAAAACCUGAAACGAGCGGAAAUUCUGAGAGCUCUAGAGUUUUUAACCAGAACGUUGCAUUUCACCGCAAAGAUGAUUCAAUGGAGGAUUCUCAGGAAAGCAACGGUAGUCGCGAAGAUUGGAGUAGCAGACAAAGUUCUGUAUCGAAGUGUGAUGAAUAUAACCAAAGAAAACCGUCUAUUCCGCGGGUUGGACGUAGUUCAACCAACGUAGUUCAGCCAAAGAGCGAAAUAAAAAUUUCCAAAUGUUCUUCAAAGACUGAGAUAAUAUCACCGAAACGGGAAGCAUACUGUGAAAGGAGAGGAUCUACUCCCAAAUCUGAUGCCAGUUCUUCUUCUAAGAACUCUUCGAAAGAGGAAUCUCUUCGAAUUGUAGAAGGACAUUGUCAAAAUCAAAAUGAAGAAAUUAUUUCCCAUAAGCGAGAUAUUUCGCAAAGAAAAGAUUCUACAUCGAGCGGUUCUUCACACAAUCGUUCGACACCGCAAUCUAGGAAUGGAUCGACAAGGAAUAUGCCGCGUCAAAUGACGCGGACCGGCUCAUCAGAUGGAUCCUCUGUAAACAUGCCAAUUGGCAGAUCGAAAUCAUCGUCAACUAGUUCGGUGACGAGUCAGAGUAUAAAAAUAAAGGCGACGACGCCGCCAUCGUCCGGCAAGUCAUCCGGGGGUUUAGUUCCGCCAUCAGUGAAUCUACGACAAGGCGGUUCGCCGUACGCGCGCGGCAAACCACCUGUGCCGAAAAAUGAUACUACGACCGCUGCCACAUCGAAGUGCAUCGUGGCAGCGAAGUACGUGAACAAAGAUUUCCGCAAGUCGACCUUGAACAUGGAGAAUGGCGAUAUGUCGCGCUCCAAGUGCGCGAGAAGGAAGAAGAGCCAGAGAGCUAUCUGCGUCAGCUCCAAGAAUUCCGAGAUGACCACGGAAUACAUUCCCCAGGCUGUCUCCUCGGAGUCUUCGAAGCCUAGUCAAUCGAGAUUAAUGACUCUUUCGGGAAAAUCAAAGCAUAUGCUUGGAAGGAGCGGUUCAAAUGGCUCAAUGAAAUGGAAAGAAUCGAGAGGCGAAUCAAAGUCACCUUGCGAAACGAAAAAGAGGCCAUCUGUGACAUCUGUUUCUAGCAAUAGUAGUCAGUCGAUCUCCGCAAAUUCUUCCAGCAGCGAAGAUAAUGAUGAAAAUGCAGACAGGUCGGAUUCGAAACGGAGAAGAAAACAAGCAUCAGAAUCGUCCAAAUCGUUCGAAAUAAGAGGCAAGAUCAGUGCAGGAUCAUCAAGAACAAGCGUGUUGGCAUCAUCUACCGAUGAGAUGUCCUUGAUGACAGAGAAACCACCCAGGCCACCAUCUAGUCCAAAAUCGAAAAAUGAUCGUGCAGUGAAAACGGAAGAGGCCAAGUCGUUUUUGAUGAGAGCACUAGCACCAGUGACAAAUUUUUUUAAGAACAGGAGUCAAGAUUUAAGUGAUACAAGUAAAUCAGGUAAUUGGGUUGAUUCGAACGAGGAGAACUAUGAAAUCUGUAACAAGUCAAGACAGUCGCUAUCAUCUUCAAAACCGAUUAGUCAGAAUUUGUCAAAAGGUCUUAGCUUUACUAAUUCCGAGAGGAAUGACGAAAUAAAAAAAAAUAAUAUGAGAAUUCAACAUCAGUCUUCUGGGGAGAAACCGUGGUGGUUGGAUUCAAAUUCUGAUAAUGUUCCGGAAGGAGUUGAAAAGGAUAAUCGAUGGAACGAAGAUGUCAGUCAGGACACAACAACCAGCACAGCGUUACCAGAUGAUGGAAAAUGUAAGCUCAAAUUUUGGAAACAAGAAUCGGGAGAACGUGCCUGGUGGUUGGACGAUGUUUCGGCAGAAGAAACAAAGAGAUCACCCUCCUCGGCAUCUCCCGUCUCCAGACGAGGUUCCAGUCGAGGCAGUUUUCGAUCAGCUGAUCGUCGAAACCGCAUCAGGCAUCAGCAAUCUGGUGAACGAGCGUGGUGGAUGAGCGAUGAUCCCGAGAAUGUUCCAGAGGGUGUAGAGAUCAUUCCUACAGCGUCUUCCGAUAGUCAUAGUGUCGACCAACCUGAUGGCUUUGUCGAUAACGAGAGCCUCUAUUCUUCAAAGCCGCUUAAAAAGAUCCGGCAUAUUGAAUCCGGGGAGAAAGCAUGGUGGAUGGAUAGCUCCUCGAACAUUCCUGACGGGGUCGUCAGGAUUCCUGUGGAAACUACCAACAGCACUUCUGACUCCUCCGAGUCAUACGAGAAGAUCGAUAUCGGCGUUAACCCUGAACCUGAAACACGUGCGAAGAAAAGCCUUUCUAGAUUUCCUAUCGAGUUUCCGCCGCCACCAUCCGAGGAGCCGUUGGGAGAUCGCGCGAGUCCAGAAGGGGUCGAGAAUCCACCUGACCCGCCGGAUAAUUAUGGAGGACGGGACUCACCUUAUGACAAUGUGCCGACACCUCGAAGGUUAUCACCAAGGAAACGACCCUCCACCUUGCCAUUGUUCAUUGGUCAGCAAACUGACAUCGAUGACGUGCUCGGUGAUACAGCUGCCCUAUGCCAUAGUCCUGUUCUCUCCCGUAUUCGUAAACAGAAACGCGUUGAAGAGGAUUCUUCCGAAAACAAUUCAGAGUGCGAAGAAAUAGAUGCGACUCAGGUGAUUAUUCAUGACAGCACGCCGAAAACACCGGUGAUUCAACGAAGACAUCGUGACAAUAAGAGAAUUCAACCCGAUGGCUAUAUUUCGCUCGACGACACGGCGCUCCAACUGUACAAGGGCGGAGAUUAUGGCGCUUAUCUGGACCUCGAGGCUUCCAUCAACGAGCAACAGGAGGAGUUCGAGGGUUUCUACGAAGGUGAGAGCCGGAAGAACGCGAUCAUUCUCAGGACCCAGCUGUCCGUGAGGGUCCACACUAUCAUAGAAAAAUUGCUGAACAGCGAGGGCCGCGAGCUGCGACGGGCUCUCUUCUCCCUCAAGCAGAUUUUUCAGGAGGACAAGGAUCUCGUGCACGAGUUCGUGCAAAAUGACGGACUUGCUUGUCUUAUCAAAGUCAGCAGCGAAGCUGACCAGAAUUACCAAAAUUAUAUUUUACGAGCACUUGGCCAGGUGAUGCUGUACGUCGAUGGUAUGAACGGGGUAAUGGAACAUGGACAAACGGUAGAAUGGCUGUAUACAUUAAUUGCAAGUCGUUUUCGGCUGGUGGUGAAGACGGCAUUGAAGCUGCUGCUCGUAUUUGUGGAAUACGUAGAAACAAACAGUCUGCUCUUGGUGAGGGCUGUCAGAGCGGUGGAUCAGGCCAGGGGCGUGGUGCCAUGGAUUAACGUGAUGAAACUCCUGAAGGAUUAUGAUGCCGCCGAUACGGAGUUGCUUAUAUACGCGACAACAUUGAUUAACAAGUGCUUGAACGGCAUUCCUGAUCAGGACACUUAUUAUGAUCAAGUUGACUGCCUCGAGGAGCAAGGCAUGGAGGGCGUCAUUCAAAGGUACAUGUCGAAGCAGGGCACGGACCUCGAUUUGCUCAGGCAGUUUCAAAUUUAUGAAGCGGUGCUGCAUCACGAAGACGGCGAUAGAGGUUCGCCGAUACGCCAAUUAGAUGACAAUAUAAGGAAGACCUUGCGGAACCGGAAAUCUUUAGUGGAUUCUCAUGAACGACGAAAAUCUCGGAGGCAUUCGACAGGUAAUUCGCCCUUGUCGAUGUCUUUGAAUGCGCGCCUAAGUCCACGGCUUAAUCAUUCUCUGGGUGUGAGCUCGCUGAACAACACCUUGAACUCCAAUUUACCAGACGAUGACGACGAAUCAAGUAGCUCUCAAAGUUCCCACAGUCAUCUGGGUGAAGUUCAGCUCAACGGUAGUUAUAAAGAGAAUAAAGUGGAUGUUGGUGUUACACCAGCGCUGAGACGGCGAAGAGAACGUGCGGAAAGACAGAGGAGCUUUAUUAGAGAGCAACAAGAGGCUACCGCAAAUAUGAGAGCUUCGCUUGGUCAUACUGAUGAUCAGGAAAGUCAAUUCCCAUCGAACAGUCUGCGAUACACGAACGGCACUUCGUAUGAGAGGAACGCUGAUUCUCCCUCGAACAAGUUGUCUAGAGCGAACAGCAGGAAGGACUUGACGCCCUUGAUGAAUGCGGCGAACAAGCUUGAUUCGGAGGAGAAGAAACCAUGGUACGGCAAAAGUCCCAACGAAGGUGUCGAGUACGACGAGAGUAAUCACACUGACGAAGAUGGGGAUCGUCGAGUGGUUCUACAGCUUAAGAGGGAAGGUACCGUCAAGGAUCUCACGCAGAAGUUGGCGGCACAGAAUCUUAUACCUAGCAGCCCUGUGGAGGAGAAAGUUUCCAGAAUAGGAGACAUGAGCGGGCUGAUUUCGAAGGCAAAGGAGGGCCUGGCAAAAUCAAAAUCAAAGGCGGAUGUAUUGAAAUCACCGACCGGUGACAAUCUGCCCAAGCUGCAGGAGACGAAGAAAUCCGAGAACGAGCUGCAUUGGGAGGAGUUGGUGAAGAAGCUGCAGAGACCGCUCGCGCUCUGCGACCUGGACUUCACCGAUCUGAAUUCCGACGAUGAGAUCGAUGUGCUAGGAUCCACUAAUGUGACGAAUGGAGUGCCCCCCCCGCCACCGCCGAUGGCACCUCCUGGAGAUGUUCUGGCACCUCCGCCACCGCCGUUGAACGCGAGACUACCACCGCCACUUCCUCAAGGUCCACCACUGCCUUUCGGCGUCAAUCUAAAGGUAUCGAGACCGCCGCCGCCGGCCAGCGAAGCGCCGAAGAGUCCACCGUUGUUGCUCGCGAAGAAGAGCAAAAAGACUGUGAAGCUGUUCUGGAAGGAGGUACGGGAUGAUCCCAAUAUACUUGCGCGGCUCGACAAACACAAGAUGAUCUGGGACGAGUUGUCACCUGUGACCGUCGACACGCAGAAACUCGAGCACCUUUUCGAGAGUCGCGCCAAGGAUCUGAUCACCAAGAAGCAGCAAGAAAUGAACAAGAACAAGGAGAUUAUUGUGCUGAAUCAUAAAAGGUCUAAUGCCAUCAACAUUGGUAUGACAAAGCUGCCGCCACCGAGAUCUAUUAAAACUGCCAUCUUAAAAAUGGACGCUACAAUCAUGAAUAGGGAGGGUAUCGAGAAACUUUUGACGAUGCUGCCCACUAAAGAAGAAAAAUCCAGAAUACAAGAAGCGCAGGCCGCCAAUCCUGAUCUUCCUUUAGGAUCGGCGGAGCAAUUUCUUUUGACUUUGACUUCCAUCUCGGAAUUGCCGGCAAGGCUGAAGCUGUGGGCGUUCAAAUUAGAUUUCGAAAAUUCUGAGAAGGAAAUCGCGGACCCUUUGAUGGAUCUGAAGCAGGGUAUGGAAACACUGCGUGUGAAUAAAACGUUCCGUGGGAUUCUGAGCACGCUUCUUUCGAUCGGGAUAUUUCUCAACGGAAAUGAGGUGAAGGGCUUUCAACUAGAAUACCUCGUCAAAGUACCUGAAGUGAAGGAUACGGUUCACAAGCAUUCGCUGCUUCAUCAUCUCUGCCACAUGGUGAUGGAGAAGUUCCCGGAUUCUACGGACCUUUAUUCCGAGAUUGGCGCGGUAACGAGAGCCUCGAAAAUCGAUUUCGACGAGCUGGCAGCGAACAUCGCGAAACUCGAGAGCGAGUGUAAAGCGUCUUGGGACCAUCUCAAGCUCAUUGCGAAGCACGAUGGUUCCACAAUGAUGAAGGUCAAGAUGUCUGAUUUUCUUGCCGAUUGCGCCGAGAGGAUAAUCGUCUUAAACAUCGUACAUAGACGUAUCAUAAAUCGUUUCCGCAAGUUUAUCCUGUGGCUUGGAAUACCACUGCAUAGAAUACAAGACACGAAGCCGAACGAGUUCUGCAGGAUUGUAUCCGAAUUUGCUCUGGAGUACAGGACCACCAGGGAGCGAGUGAUACAGCAGCUUGAGAAGAAAGCCAAUCAUCGGGAACGCAAUAAGACCAGAGGAAAGAUGAUAACGGAGGUCGGCAAGUUUCGUACAAAAGAGGAUCGAGCAGACGCGGAACUCAGACAACUACUUGGCAGUGACAUUUCAGAUGUCGAGAGUAUCCACGGUACUUUACCAUGGCGAAGACAAAGGAAAGACGGACGCAUAAUUCCACUGGGUCCAGUGCUCAGAGAUGAAAGCACCAACGGCAACUUGGCCGAUGGCGUUGACGAACUGUUGGAAUCUCUGGUGAAAACCGCGACGAAAGCACCAGCCACGAGAACCACGCCACGCGAGCGCAAGAGGACCAGACACGCCGAUCUGAAGCGAUCACGCACCCGGGAGAACAACACUACGCCGGAGGGGUAUCAACCCUGAUGGGCCAGGUUUCGUGAUCUCUGCGAUUAAGUGCGUAGAACGCUAAAGAACGGUCUCUCGGAAGAGGAGAAAAAGCACAUCGCCGCCUACAUCAAGGGCUAUUGACUGUGAUAAUACUCGAAGGCAACGACAUGCUCUUACGGAACGUGACAAAGGAACGUCGAUAUCGCGAAGGGGCGGAAGCUCGGUGAAAACAUCGCGACCCUCGUCGAGAUCUUGGCUAAAGGAUCCGGUCCACCGUUAUUAUCAGGAUACUCCGAAGUUGAACGAUACGAUUUUGUGACAUGUCGUCGAGUUUGACACCUGCGUUAAAUCUUGUUAAACUUCGUGCGUAUACAUUUGUCGUUCGAUUUACCAAAAUGGAAUAAUAAAUAAAGGAAAAAUUUAAAGAAAUGCGUCUUGUCGCGAAUUAGCCAAAUAUCAAUCGGUUUUAAGCUUAAGUGAAUAGGUUCUUCUUAACGCGUCGUUCACGUGUGAAGAAAGAUAUUUCUCAGAUAUAUUGGAGACUCUAUAAAAAUUUCUUCACUGUCUAUAGAUUUCCUAGUUAUAUAUGUCUCUCUAUCUUGUAGAGAAAUUGCUCUUUAACGAAAUUUUCUUUAUUCCGCGUAAAAACUUCUGAAAACUUUAACGACGCGGUUUUAUAGGUUUUUUUUUACAUUGUCUUAUUUUCUUGUUAAAAAUUACACGUCCUCGUUGUUUACAUAUUAAAAUAUUUUAUGUGUUAUACUCAAUCAGAGAUGAUAGAAAUGAUUAAAUAAGAGAGUAAGGUGCUGGGUUGUUCAUUGAUAGACUGAUAAUCGGAAUACUUGAAUUUGAUUCCGACUUUGUCACCUUGUAUGUAAAAAUAGAUUGAAAAAAAUUUGAGUGGGAAAUAUCACUCAUUGUGAUAGGAACAAUUUAGAAUAAAGAAAAAAUAAUUUUAUUGUUGUGCGUUUAAUACAGCGUAGUAUUGUUGUUCAAUAGGAUUUAUUUAAUAAAAAGCAUUUUUAAUUAAAAAAUGCUUAUAAAUGAUGGUGCAUAUGCGUCGUAAAUGAUUUAAGCUGACAAAGCGUUGCAUCUGGCUAUGCAACAGAUUAUUAUUCCCGUUAAUGGAUAACUGCCAUAGAAGAAAUUUAAAAAUUAUUUAAAAAGGUAAGUUCAAACAUAUAUCGAUACGAGAAAGAACUGAUAACAUCUUCUAAACUUAUCAAUUCAGGUAAUUUAAUAAAUUUAAGCAUGAUAUGAAUAAAUUUACACUAGCUGUCACUGUCAGUUGUUUUAUACACUAGCACAUGUUUUUCUGAAAAUUUUAUUUUCCCUAAUGCGGAGAUUUAUAAUGGAAUUUACGUAUAAAAAUUCUUUACGUAUAAAAAUUUCCACUACACGAAAAAAUAGAUUUAAAAAAAUCUGGUAUUAAUAUUACUAGCGAAAUCAUGUGAAUUGUCUAGUUUUUCUUCUAAGAUAUAUAAGUAGUUAUGAAGUACUAAGAGCUUUUCUUAAAUUAAAUCGCGGACAAUACAACAUAACAACUCAGCACCAAACUGUCAGAUGCAUCUAUCAUUUCCAUUUCGCUAGCGAUACUCACGAAGUUGAAAUGCGUCUUAUUUGCGCGACGAUUAGAUAUCAUUGUAAGAUUUAUUGUGAAGAUUUACUCGAAUUGCGGACGACAGAAUCGACUCGACAAUAUAUCAUAUAUAAGACCACGUGCCUCGACGAAUUUUUAUAAUCGAUUUUUAUGAUCGAUUUUUGAGACCGACUACUCGAAUAAUCGACACUUUUGUUCACGUCGAUCGAACGAAAAAACUCUGCUACUUUACGAAAUAACUAUAUUCUAGAAUGAUUCCUGUCAAGUAGCGAAUAUACCAAUAUAUGCUGGACAACGUAAAAAUCUAGCAGCAUGACACGCCUAGCAAUUUAGAUAUCUUAAUCAUCAUUUUAUUAUUGCGUUUCAUAGAGGCGCAUAAUCGCAAUCAUUGUAAUCUUUCUGUGGAAAUACUUCUUGAAAUAAAACGUGAAAUCAUUAUAAAUGGGUGACAACUCUA